CGCGCCUUGGGGGAUGGAACGUUACCGCAGCCGCGCAGAGAGGAGGCGCGGGAAGGGACGGUCACUCCUUGUUAGCGGGGACCAAGUCUCCCAGUUUUUAAUGCCUCUGCGCCAGGCCACCAUGCACAGAAGACAUCUCCAGGAAAUCCCAGCUUCAGACAGCAAUGUUUCCACAAGCUUCACAUGGUCAUGGGACCCCACCAAGACAUCAGAGCUACUCUCCGGCAUGGGAGUGUCUGUCCUUAAGAAAGAGAAGCUGGGCAGUGAGAACACCCCUCAGGAGCUGCUAGUGUCUCUUUAUCCUCCUCAGAAACGACAGAAAGUGAAAGAGAAGGACAAGGACUUUGUGAUUGCACGCAGGCCUAGGCUGCUCCGAGAGACAGAGUCAGGUAUUUCUUGGGAUGCACUGCCAGAUGAAUUGCUGUUAGGGAUCUUUGCAUACUUACCCCUAACUGACCUGCUAAAAGUUUCCCAGAUUUGCAAGAGUUGGCAAUGCCUAGCGUUUGAUGAAUCGCUGUGGCAGACCCUUGAUCUGACUGGUAAAAAUCUGCUUCCAGGAGUGAUUGGGCAGUUGCUCCCUGUAGGUGUAACUGUGUUGCGUUGUCCAAGAUCCUGUAUUGGGAAACCAUUGUUUAAAAACAACCGACCUCUUAGAGUGCAACAUAUGGACAUGUCCAACUGCACAAUAAAUGUUGCAGAUCUCCAUACUAUUCUUUGUUGUUGUGAUCAACUACAGAACCUCAGCUUGGAAGGACUGGUGCUUUCUGAUGAUAUCAUUAGAAGCAUCGCUCAGAAUUCCAGUUUGGUGCGAUUAAAUCUCUCUGGAUGUUCUGAAUUUUCUGCAGAAGCACUGGAGAUGAUGUUGAUCAGCUGUUCUGGAUUAGAAGAGCUGAACUUAUCUUGGUGUGACUUCACAACUGAUCACAUUAAAGCAGCAGUCAACCACAUUUCUACAAAUGUCACCCAACUAAAUUUUAGCGGAUACAGACAAAAUCUACAGAUAGCAGAUAUUAAGACAUUGGUGACAAGAUGCCCUUAUCUCAUCGAGUUAGAUUUAAGUGACAGUGCAAUGUUGAAGCCUGACUGUUUUCAAUAUUUUCAUCAGCUCAUCUGCCUACAGCAUUUGUCUCUUAGUAGAUGUUAUCAGAUCUCUCCUGCUGACUUACUUGAGCUUGGUGAAAUUCCCACACUAAAGACUCUUCAAGCUUUUGGACUAGUGACUGACAAUUCCCUACAGCUCCUGAAAGAAACGCUUCCCCACAUAAAGAUCAAUUGUUCACAUUUUACAACCAUUGCACGGCCAACCGUUGGCAGCAAAAAGAACCAGGAGAUCUGGGGCAUCAAAUGCAGACUGACACUGAGAAAUCCUAGUGGUUUGUGAUGCAGCGUUUGUUGGAUAGUCCCUUUUGUUGUUACCAAGCGUGGUGUGCUUCAUCAAGAAACCCAAACAUUGGAGCAUCACUCUAGUUCUUCUUGUAAAAAGUGUUUUAACUUGGUCUUGUGCUGUAAUUUACUUAAGUAUAUUUUUAUAUUGUCCUUCUCUUACUGUGUCCAGAAAUCCAAUCAGGUAUGAGUAAUUGUAGGCAUUUUAAAAGUCAGUCUUGCUUUUAGAAAUAUUUUUGCAAAAGCCAAGUGACUAUUGCAAUUGUGCUAAACAUGAUUAAGUUAGAAAGUUUGGUAAUAAAUAGUGCAGCUGUUCUAGUUAUUUGGCAACGUGCUUAAUUCUUCAGUCUGAUGUUGCUUUAUUGGAACUGUGACGGUCCAAAGGUGCUUCUGUAAUAUUUUUCCAAAUACAUUGGAAGGGCCUUACUCAAAGCUAAGUAGAGAGAUGUUCUGUCAUUAGGGAACUGUUUUACUUCAUUACAACUCAGUACUUUCCUGACUGUUUCAGAUUUUAGAGCUCAGAAUGAGUAAGGGCAUUAAGUCUAUUUAGACUCCUAA